CCCCCCCGUCUUCCCUCCCCUCCCUGCCCAGCUCUUCUCUUCCCGUCUGAGGUGGCGGCCGGCGUCCCUUCUCUCCAGCUCCGUUUCGCCUCUAGCCCUGGCUUCCCGUUUUGCUCGGGCCCCGAGACCGGUCUGAGCGCUCCCCCUGUCGCCUCAGGGUGGCCGAGUAGCCCCGGGCCCCUCGAGUCCCUGCGUUUUCUCCCUUCCUGGGCUUCGGUGCUGGUCCUCCCCCGCCAUGAAUGAGGAGUACGACGUGAUCGUGCUGGGCACCGGCCUGACGGAAUGCAUCCUGUCAGGUAUAAUGUCAGUGAAUGGAAAGAAAGUUCUUCACAUGGAUAGAAACCCGUAUUACGGAGGAGAAAGUGCAUCUAUAACACCUCUGGAAGAUUUAUACAAGAGAUUUAAAAUACCAGGAGCACCACCAGCAUCAAUGGGGAGAGGAAGAGACUGGAAUGUUGACUUAAUUCCUAAGUUCCUUAUGGCCAAUGGUCAGCUGGUGAAGAUGCUGCUUUAUACAGAGGUCACCCGCUAUCUGGAUUUCAAAGUGACUGAAGGGAGCUUUGUCUAUAAGGGAGGAAAAAUCUACAAGGUUCCUUCCACCGAAGCAGAAGCCCUGGCAUCUAGCUUAAUGGGACUGUUUGAAAAACGUCGCUUCAGAAAAUUCCUAGUGUAUGUUGCCAAUUUUGAUGAAAAAGAUCCCAGAACUUUUGAGGGCAUCGAUCCUAUGAAGACCGUGAUGCGGGAUGUGUACAAGAAAUUUGACUUGGGACAGGAUGUCAUAGAUUUUACCGGCCAUGCCCUGGCACUUUACAGAACCGAUGACUAUUUAGAUCAACCAUGCUGUGAAACCAUUAAUAGGAUUAAACUUUACAGCGAGUCUCUGGCAAGAUAUGGCAAAAGCCCGUACCUUUACCCACUCUAUGGCCUCGGAGAGCUGCCCCAGGGGUUUGCCAGGCUAAGCGCUAUUUAUGGUGGUACCUACAUGCUCAACAAGCCAAUUGAGGAAAUCAUUGUGCAGAACGGAAAAGUGAUUGGUGUGAAAUCUGAAGGAGAGGUGGCUCGCUGUAAGCAGCUCAUCUGCGAUCCCAGCUACGUCCAAGACCGGGUAGAAAAAGUGGGCCAGGUGAUCCGAGUGAUCUGCAUCCUCAGCCACCCCAUCAAGAACACCAACGAUGCCAACUCCUGCCAGAUCAUCAUUCCCCAGAACCAAGUCAACCGGAAGUCAGAUAUCUACGUCUGCAUGAUCUCCUCCGCACACAACGUGGCGGCGCAGGGCAAGUACAUCGCCAUCGUCAGUACGACUGUGGAGACCAAGGAACCGGAGAAAGAAAUCAGACCUGCUCUGGAGCUUUUGGAACCGAUUGAACAGAAAUUUGUCAGCAUCAGCGACCUCCUUGUACCAAAAGAUUUGGGAACAGAAAGCCAGAUCUUUAUUUCCCGCACGUACGACGCUACGACUCACUUUGAGACAACUUGUGACGACAUUAAAGACAUCUAUAAGAGGAUGACUGGAUCCGAGUUUGACUUCGAGGAAAUGAAGCGCAAGAAAAAUGACAUCUACGGGGAAGACUAACGGCAGUACAUCUCAUCAUCUCGUUAGGACAGACUUCCCUUUGGCAAAUGACGCGUUCCGUAUGAAAUCCAUAUUGUAAGGCCUGCUUUUGUAAUCACCACGGAGAUUGCGGAGCACGGCACCAGUCCAUGCUCCUCCCUUUCUAAUAUCAUGUAUUCACGUGUUUUCCCGGAGUGGCUGUCACAGUUGGCAGGUGACCACAUUCUGUUCGGUUUAACCCAUCCUGGCUUUUUUUUUUUCUCCUAGUGAAGCAUCCGUUUAAAAACCCUCGUGAUACGGAUACAGAGCACUUGAUACAGGAUUUGUAUCUUUUAAUCAGUGUAGCCUUUGCAGGCGCGCUGCUGCUCGAGAGUCGGGUUGGUGGUGGGCCUGCUUUCUGUCCUCUUGACAUUAAGGAGAAUCAAAAUGGACUAUUCCAGAAUUCGGGACCGCCUCCCUACGUCCUCCCUACACCUUCACAUCUCGUAUCCUGUCAAGUAUUAUGACAGCACCCACGUAACACGGCCACAAGGCGGGGAUCCGUGGGCCUGAAAUUCUAACACAAGUCCAGACCAUAAGAGUCCUUUUGGAGGAAGCCCGUGUGCGGUGGUGUUUUAACCUGAUAAAAUUAAGGAGAGCAGAGGGGAAGGAAACCUAUCGUAAAGCAGGUAAACGUAGAAGCUUCUUUUGUAUCCCAGGUGUGGCUUCUUCGACGGACCAAGCUGCGAUGCAGUAUUGAUUUGACAGAGCCUUCAUUUCAAUGAUGUCUGUCUCCAGAUGGCUCCACAUGAUUUCUGUGCUGCAAAAUAAAGCCAAACUCUGGAAACCGGU